AUGCAACAACGUCAUCGUCUUAGCGGCGAUGCCCGUAUCGGGGAAGUCCACCGUCGGGGACGUAGUGCCGCUAACGACUUGCUGGUUAUCCGCCUGCUGCCCAAUGGCCUGGAUCGCAGCCGUUUCUGCUUCGUCGCUGGGAAACGCGUCGGCAACGCCGUGGUGCGUAACCAGAUCAAGCGACGGUUGCGCGAAGUAAUCCGAAAUUCCCAUUCCCGCCCGGGUUGGGACUCCAUCCUGAUUGCGAGGCGUGGCGCUGGUGAAGCGAAGUUCCCUCAACUUGAGCGUGCCGUGCAUAAUUUGCUGCGCCGCACCCAGUUGAACAAAGCCGAACCUGAAGUUGUUGACCCCGUGAACCCGCAGACCGUAACCUCAACGCCGGAGGCAACGCGGUGA